AUGAUGAAUUUCAAGAAACAUCUCAAGAAAUGUUCAUUAACUUGAUCAGUUUUAACAGAAGAUUCAGUUUUAUAAAAUACUAAAGAAUUGUUUCAAAUUCAAUAAGCUUUUAACUUUGAUAAACGGAAGUGAACUAAUCGAACUGUUUGACCUUAAUAGUCGAAACUAGGAAGAGAAAAAAGUUUCGAUUUUUUCUCAAAUAGUUCUGAUCUCGUUCAAGUGGCCUAAUCUUUUAUUAACCAUGGACGAAAGUGUUAAACCAAAUUUGAGACCGACGAGUUUUGUCCCUCCAUUGACGGAGAAUCGUCGAUACCAAGGAUCAAGUGGACUACCAGCGAUCGAAAGUCCAGAUAAUUUAGGACUUUACAUUCCAAGUAAUGAGUGAUCACACUAAUUGUGAUGAUUUAAUGACCAUCGCUGGUGGAGGUGGUGGUGUUAAUAGCAGCAGCACAACAACACCAGCAAUUAAACCACUUCCUAGAAUCGUGGCCCCACCUCAUCGUCCAAGUAUCGCACUUACAGGGGCCGAAGCCUCGAUAUGGUUACAAAGUCGACGAAGUGUUUUCGAUGAAGCAGUUCGAGUCGAGUUCUAUGUAAACGAAAACACCUUAAAGGAAAAACUUCAAAUCUAUUUCAUUAAAAAUCAACGAACUAGUUUACGAAUUCGAACCUUUAAGUUUGCCCUCAAAUCGCUCGCCUGCCUUUUGUACGUGCUUCGAGUUAUAUCCGAUCGUGGACCUUCAUUUGCUACAUGUUAUCAAUGUCCAGUGGGAGCUAAUAGUACGCAGUUAAUUGAGACAAGGAUUCCGUCCAAUCCUCAGGAUAAAACUUAUAAUGAUGUUAAUUGGAAUGCUAUUAUUUGGGUUGACAGAUCGUUUCUUAUUUGGAUAUUUCAGACGAUCACUUCGAUUACUUGCUUUUCGGAGGCCUCAUUGUUGGCCUAUUUAACGUACAAGGGAAACAUCGUUCGGACAUUACUCAAUUUCCACUUCAUCCUCGAAAUCGUGGCCAACACAGCAUUCAUACCAACUAUUUUUUAUCCACCCAUGAGAAAUAUAUUCAUUCCUGGUUUUCUUAAUUGUUGGCUGGCCAAACGAACUCUUGAAAAUAUGUUUAAUGAUCUUAAUCGGGUCAUGCAAAGGUCACAAUCAGCUCUUUCCCAUCGGCUGAUGAUUUUAUCAGCUACUUUACUUUGCCUUAUAUUUACCAGUGUCUGUGGUUUUCAACAUUUCCAACGUGCCGGUGGACGUAAUGUUAACCUAUUUGAAAGCCUUUACUUUGUGGUGGUCACUUUUGCCACCGUGGGUUAUGGGGACUAUAGACCAGAAAAUAUGCCCUCCCAGUUGUUCAUGGUGGUCAUGAUAUGUGUCGCUUUUAUUGUACUUCCCACCCAAUUUGAGCAACUUGCCUACACGUGGAUGGAACGGCAAAAGCUUGGCCGUAAUUACAGCAUCCAUAGGUCACAAACGGAGAAACAUGUAGUCGUCUGUGCGACAACCUUACGAGCGGACACCGUAAUGGACUUUCUUAAUGAAUUUUAUGCCCACCCUUUACUCCAGGAUUUUUAUGUUGUCCUACUUUCACCUUGUGAACUUGAUACAACCAUGAAGAUGAUAUUACAAGUGCCAAUGUGGGCUCAAAGGGUUAUUUAUAUUCAAGGGUCAGCACUGAAAGAUACUGACCUUAUCCGUGCCAGGAUGAAUGUGGCCGAAGCUUGUUUCAUUCUGGCAGCUCGUAAAUACAAUGACAGGAGUGCGGCGGAUGAACACACAAUCUUACGUUCAUGGGCAAUCAGGGAUUUCGCACCAACGGUACCUCAAUAUGUUCAAAUAUUUCGUCCAGAAAAUAAGAUUCAUGUUGCAUUUGCAGAGCAUGUUGUUUGUGAAGAUGAAUUUAAAUAUGCUUUACUAGCAAAUAACUGUCUUUGCCCUGGGGCAUCAACCUUGGUAACCUUAUUGCUUCAUACAUCUCGAGGCCAGGAAGGACAAACUUCCGAUGAAAAUUGGCAUCGUUUGUAUGGUAAAUGUUCAGGGAAUGAAAUUUAUCACAUCCGAUUGGGUGACAGUCGUUUCUUUGGUGAAUAUGAAGGUAAAAGUUUCACUUAUGCCUCAUUUCAUUCACAUCGAAAGUAUGGUGUGGCUCUUCUUGGUGUUCAAACGGACAUGAAGGGCACUUGGCCCAUCAUGUUGAAUCCUGGUCCAAGUUACAUAUUAAAAUCUUCUGAUAUUUGUUUCUACAUGAAUAUUACCAAAGAGGAAAAUAGCGCUUUCCUUCCGGCCACUACUGAGAGUACAAAACUUGGUGGGGUUGAUAUUGGAGGCGGAAGUGGAAAGAGAAAUGAUAAAUCAAGUGGUAAACUUGAUGUUAUCCUUAAAUUGAAUAAAUCAAAUGAAACUUCCUCUUCAACCACUGCCAAUGUUUCAGCUGAUGCUAAUGGUGGAUUCUCAUUACCUCGAACUCAUGCCUUCCAACAUCAACACCAUCGACCUCAUUCAAUGUCUCCCUCUCAAAAUCCUCUAUCACCAAGUUCUCAUCAUCAACAGCAACAAUCUAAUGUGCCCAUUGAAACAAUUGAUUCUAGAGAUGAAAAUAUCUCUCAUGAUAAAUCACAGAUUAAAUCAGCUGCUGGUGUUAAACAGACAAUCAUUGAGAUUGCAACUCGAACCUCUCGAAAAAUGAGAAAACAAUCAACUCAUCUUGACAUUCCGAUUAUCGAUUAUGGAUCAACACCCAGAGAUUCAUCUCCUGUUGAUCUUGGUGUUGCUCGAGGUCGACGGCCAAGUAUAGCUCCAGUUCCGGUUAUGUUGAAAGAUGAAACUGAAGAUUCAGAUGAACUAGAUGAUAAAGAAAUUGACCAGUUUCUUGAAGUUCCUUAUUCCAAUCAAUCUGAACACACUGAGAUCGUCAAAGGUUUCCCACCAGUCUCACCUUAUGUCGGUGUUAGUCCCACUCUGUGUUACCUGUUGAAAGAAAAAAAGUCCGCUUGUUGCCUUGAACUUGCUCAGCCUUGUGAUCAUUGUGAUAAUAAAAGUGCUCGAGAUUACGAUUGGCUUAAUCCCUGUAUAAUCCUUUCAGCCGAUUUCGCUUCAAAUGGAAUCUACAAUUUCAUUGUGCCUUUAAGAGCUCAUUUCCAUUCCCUCACCUCUUUGAGACCAAUUGUCCUUCUCCUCGAGUCUUAUCCGCUUCCCGCUUUCAUUGACGCGAUUUCUUGGUUUCCAAUGGUCUAUUGGAUGCAAGGGUCAAUCGAUAAUUUGGAUGAUCUAAUUAAGGCUGGUAUCAACUUAGCUGAUUCUGUUGUCGUGGUUAACAAGGAGACAACCAAUUCCGCUGAAGAGGAUUAUCUUGCUGAUUGUAAUACGAUUGUCGCUGUUCAAACGAUGUUUAAAAUGUUCCCAAGUGUCAGAAUUAUUACCGAGCUAAGUCAAUCCUCGAACAUGAGAUUUAUGCAAUUUCGUGCUCAUGAUACUUAUGCUCUUUCGCUCUCAAAAAUGGAGAAACAUGAACGGGAAAUCGGGUCACAUAUUUCUUAUAUGUUUCGUCUUCCUUUUGCCGCUGGUUCUGUUUUUAGUGCCUCCAUGUUGGAUACCCUUUUGUACCAGGCGUUUGUCAAGGAUUAUAUGAUUACGAUAAUCAGAUUACUUCUUGGGAUUGAUCAAGCUCCAGGUUCUGGUUUUCUUUCAUCAAUGAAAAUUACCAAAGAUGAUUUAUGGAUACGAACUUAUGGUCGAUUGUAUCAGAAACUUUGUUCGACAACCUGUGAAAUUCCUAUUGGAAUUUAUCGAACUCAGGGUUCUUACACACCAGAAGUUAAUACGAUCAAUUUGGACUUCGUUUUCCCGUUCUUAAUGAACGAGUCCGAUACCAACAAUUAAGUGCUGAAAUUGAGAGACAAGAGAUCGGUAAUCUGGUCAAGAAUCGAAUGCAAGAUUUAAACUGUCCAAUUGAAGAUUAUGAUGAUGUUUCUGAGAAACGAAGUUCAAUUUCAUUCGUAAUAAUUAAUCCCAGUUGUGACCUUAAACUUGAAGAGGGUGAUAUGGUUUAUCUAAUUAGACCGAGUCCAAUCAAGAGCAAGAAAACUUUUCUUACCCGAGGAAAUUCAAUAAGAGCAUCAAAAGCAUCAUUGAAACGACGAAAGGUCAAAGAACACAAAGUUUUGACCAGUUCAGUAUCUUCACCGCCCUUGACCACACCAAACCCCGGAGAUGGAGGAUAUUCAGUGAUCAAAAGUGGUGGAGGAAUCGUAACCGCGACAAAUUCAAUGCCAAUAUCUUCCUCUUCCUUAUCAUCUCCAUCUCAAUAUUCAUCAUCAUUAUCACCAAAUCUAUACGUUAAUCUAAAAGAUCAAAAUUAAUCAGAUGACAAUAACAACCUUCUUUAUAUCCCUUUUCCUAAAUGGUUAAUUGUUCCAACUACAAAAAACUUAUUUCUUUUAAUUGUCCGAUUUGUUUUCAUUUUUUUUUCUUUCGUUCAAAUCAUUUGCUCAACUGGUUUGUUAACCUUUUCAAUUUUUACACGAGAAACUUAUAUAUAAAUAUUGUUAAUCCUGAUUAUCGAGUGAAAUUAAAGAAACCCUGUCAGGGGAAAAAAUUA